AUGUUGAAACACACUUUAAGAUCUUACAAUAAAUCUUUGAGAUUGAAUAAUUUUUUGCGUGUAUCUUUGAAAAUUAAUGAACCAUCGUUAAUAUCCUCUUCAAAUUUUUUUAACAAUUCAUUACCAUCGAUUCCUUCUUUCUCUUCUUCAAAUUAUACUAAAAGAUUUAACAGUACUGAUAGCAAGAAUACUAAUCUCAAUAGUGAUGAAAAGGAAAACAUAAAGUAUAUUAAAUUAAACGAAGAAAACGAUCCUGAAAAGGAUGCUUUCUUUCAAUACACCUGGGGUUAUUGGUUGAAAAAUGAUAAACAAGAAAAGGAAAAAAGAAUUACAACAUUUUCGUUCCCUGGCACAGCAAAAUUACUUGAAGAUUUAUACUCAGCAAUCAAAGAAAAUAAAAAUCCUGAAACCUUAGAAUCGCCAGUUUUAAACCCUGACAAUACAAUUACAUUGAAGCAAAAUAUCAUACCAGAUGUUCUUGGAAGCUUAAAGGACUCAAAUGAAUCUCUUUCAAUCAGAACAAUGUCAAGUCACCAUGAGGGCAAACAUCACAGGAUUUAUAAAAUUGAUUUAAAUACUGGAAAAUCAUUAAUUUUAAGAAUUCCUUAUAAAAUCGAUAGUGAUUUUGCGAUUUCCAGAAAAGUUGACAGCGAAGUUGCUACUAUGGAUUUUGCGAGAUUAAAAUUAGGGUUAAAUGUUCCCAGAGUUUUAAGUUAUUCAUCACAUGAAAUAAAUCCAUUAAGAACACCAUAUAUAUUAAUGGAAUAUAUUGAGGGGGAUUUAUUAAUGAAAAAAUGGUAUCCAAAUAUUGAAGAUGAAGAAGUAAAUUCCAGGGAGAAAUUAAACGAGGUUAUUGAUAUUUUAGGGAAUUUUCAACAUAAAUUGAAUUCAAUUGAAUUUAAUCAAUUUGGAUCAAUUUAUUUUUAUAAGGAUGUUGAUAUCAAUUUAAGAGAAAGAGGAGAACCAUAUAAUGAAGAAAAACCAGAUGAACUGUUAUUUAAAAAUAGAUGGAGAAUUGGGCCAUCAGUUGAAAGAAAUUUUUUCCGAAAUAAAAAAUUAGUUUCAAGUGAUGUUUAUAAAAUUUAUUCGGGGCCAUGGAAAAUUGAUGAACCAUAUAAGAUUGUGGAUGAUUCAUGUAAUAUUGAGAUUGAAAAUAUUCGAAAUAGAUUAAGUUUAAGCAAAUCUGAGGCUAGUAUUGAAAAUGAGAAAUUAUUGAAUAAUUCAAUUGAGGUUUUAGAAAAACUUAAAAAAAUUGCGCCAAAUUUGAUCGACAACAAAUCGAAAACAAUACCUAAAAUAGAAAAGUUAUUUAAGGGGAGGUUGUAUAGUGGUGAUAUUGAUCCAUUAAAUGUUAUAAUAAAAGAGAAAGGGGAUGGCGAAAUUGAGCCAUAUUUUGUUGAUUUUGAGCAUUUUACUAUUAAACCAUUUAUAUUCACAAACAAUCCAUUGUUUAUUAGACAUGAGGGAAUGAAAAUCUUUGAUUUAAAUCAACUUGGAAUUGAGCUAGAUAAAUUGAGCGAAUUAGAUAAGAGAAUUUAUAAAGAUUUUUACAAAAAGACUAGAAAUGAACAUUUAUGGGAAAAAAAAGUAAAUGAAUUAGAUAAAGAUUUAAUUUAUUACACUGCGCCAGUUAUUAAUGAAUUAAAAAGUCCAUACAUUAAAUUGAUUAAUAAGAAAACCGAUGAGGAUAUUCUUGAUGUUGAGGAAUCAUUAAUUAAGAUUGCAACAUAUUGGAAGAACUUUUUGGAUAGCAAAUUGGCUAAAGAGAUUGAAGAAGGAAAUGACGAAUGUCCUAUUAAAUGGGAAAGACAAGAAGUUGAAGAGUUUUAUGAAGACUAUGAAAACUAUAAAAACAAAUUAAUCGAGAAUCCAUUUGCGAUUGAUGGAGGAUGGGUUCCAAGACACACAUUUGAGACUUAUUUCGCAAAGGGAAUCAUUAAUAAAGAAGGAGACGAUUACGUUGUAAACAGCAAUAAGUUGAUGGAAGUGAUUUAA